AAUGAAGUUGAGCUGGGAGAGCUGCUGCUGUCACUGAACUACCUGCCCAGCGCAGGGAGACUCAACGUGGACAUCAUCAGAGCCAAGCAGCUGCUGCAGACGGACAUGAGCCAGGGCUCAGAUCCCUUUGUGAAAAUCCAGCUUGUUCAUGGUCUGAAGCUAACAAAAACCAAGAAAACCUCCUGCAUGAGGGGAACCAUUGAUCCCUUCUACAACGAAUCCUUCAGCUUCAAGGUGCCACAGGAAGAACUGGAAAAUGCCAGCUUAGUAUUUACAGUGUAUGGCCACAACGUGAAGAGCAGCAACGACUUCAUCGGCAGGAUCGUCAUCGGGCAGUACGCCACGGGCGCCCCCGAGUCCAACCACUGGCGCCGCAUGCUGGGCUCGCACCGCACGGCCGUGGAGCAGUGGCACAGCCUGCGCUCCCGGCAGGAGUGCGACCGCGUCUCCCCCGCCUCCCUCGAGGUGACCUGA